CAAGCAGGCCAACAUGACUGGAGAGACGGAGACGUUGAUGGAGGAAAUAGAGGAGAGUUUACACCCUCUGACUGAGGACAAUCUAAGAUAUCUGUGUGAACGCUGUGGGGUGGUUGCCUCAGAAGUUAAAGGGCAGAACCAUCGCUCAUUGCGUCGUAAACUCAUGGAGGAAAUGUGGGAAAAUGCUGAUUCAGGAAAAUCCAAGGAGCAAGGAAUGUCUUGGUUACUCCAACUGAAAGAGGACAUCAGGAAGACACAGGAAGAAUUUAGUGUGGCCCCAAUGAGUCCCAGCCAGUCGGAUGAUGAUAAAUCCACAGACUACGAAGGACAGGAUGUGGAGGACAAGGACUGGUUUCCUAGCAACAGGCUGGAGGCGGAGUCAUCUUCUGAGAGAAGAGGAGACAGAGAUUCAGAUUUGAUAUCAUCAAGGGACAUCCCUAACGGUCACUCGCUCAGAAAGAGGGGCUUAUCAUCUGGUAAAACUCCAGGGUUGAAAGGGAUCAUGCGAGCUAAUAGAUGUGAUGUAUGUGAGAAGACUUUCAUUAAGUCAGGAGACCUAAAAAGACACCAGAGAAUACAUACAGGAGAGAAACCAUAUGCUUGUGUAACAUGUGGAAAGACUUUCCGUCAGUCAGGACAACUGACUAAACACAAGCGAACACACACAGGAGAGAAACCAUAUAGCUGUGAUCAAUGUGGAAAGAGUUUUUCAACAGCUGAUAGUCUGACUCAACAUAAGCGAACACACACAGGAGAGAAAUUAUUUGUCUGUGAUCAAUGUGGAAAGUGUUUCACUACCUUGGGAACACUGACUAUACACAAGCGAAAACACACAGGAGAGAAACCAGAGAAACCAUAUGUCUGUGAUCAAUGUGAGAAACACUUUACUAGCUCAGGUACACUGACAACACACAAGUUAACACACAGUGGAGAAACACAUCAUAGAGAGAAACACUAUCUCUGUUCAGACUGUGGGAAGAACUUCCUUACACCAUCAAAGUUGAAAGUUCACCAGCGAACGCAUACAGGAGAGAAACCAUACAGGUGUGGUCUGUGUGAGAAAUGCUUUGCUUGUUCAGGAGCCCUGAUUAAACACAAGCGCAUGCACACUGGGGAGAAACCUUAUAGUUGUGGUUUAUGUGGGGAGAACUUUCCAAGAUCAAGAGACCUCACUAUUCACAAACGUAUUCACACUGGAGAGAAACCUUACUGCUGUGAUAAAUGUGGGAGGAGCUGCAGAGAUAUAACAGCCCUGAAUGAACACAUGCGCAUACACACAAGAGAGAAACCUUACAGCUGCUCUGUCUGUGGAAUCAGUUUUUCUCAGCAAAGCAGCCUGAAUGUACACAUGCGCAGACACAGGAGAGAAACCUUACAGCUGUGACCAGUGAGGAGUGAGACUGUCUGCCAGAAGAAUUGGAAAUGGACCAGCAAUUUUUCAUGUAGUGAAUCACCUCCAUUUCAUAUUAUAUCAUUCAGCAGAUGGAGAGGGACCUCACAGCUUCAUCCUCUCAGGCAUGCGCUCCUCAGUAUCUCUCUGUACACUGAGAAAUAAAUGACCACUAUGUGUUCUGUAUACAGUGUAUCUCAUGGUGGGCAAGCAGGCCGUUCAUAUGCAUUCUGUUAUGGAGCCUGAAUAAAUGUGAACAGUCAAGG